ACAGAUCGGGUAGCCACACCAGCGUCUGUCUGGAGCUGCUCUCCACCUCCCUCAGUCUGCUGGGGUUUCUGCUGCCGCUUAGUGAAAAACGAUGGAGAAAACGAUGGAGCUGAAAAUGUUGCUGGAGUCAUCUCUGAAGCGGAUCUUUCAGGCGACUGUGACCGACAUCCUGGUCUCGGUGGAGCAGACCCUCUCUGAGUACCAGGGAACAAUCCAGACGAUCCAGACCGAGAACGAAGGCCUGAAGCGGCUGCUGUCUGCACAGAGGAGCGCAGAGUCCCUCCAUGAAGGUCUGCUGUCCUCAGAUGGAUCUGAGGAAGAUGCCACUGAACAGUUUUCUGUCUCGGAUUGGAACAAUCCUCCUGUUAUUUCUACUCAGACUAUCUUCAAGGUGUCCAAAUGCAGCAGUGAAAAGACAAGUUUCAGGAAGAAAAAUGAGGGACAGCUAAAGGAGAGUGCAUCUUCUACUCCAUUCUCUAUGCAGAUAGAUCAAUUAGGUGAACAUCUGUGUGUGGACAAGUCCAGUGGAAAGUCAGUUCCUUUAAAAACAGAACCUAAUUUGGAAGAAAGUGGUGCCGUUGUUGACCUUAUUCAGCCAUCUCUGAGUCAGAUGGAGAAACUGGUGAAGAGUGAGAGCUCAGAGGUUACUGCUGAUGCCUUCACAGAUGUGCAUCAGCUGCAUCCCUCAGACCCUAGACAGAAAUGUGUAGGGAGCGACCACAGUGUUAAAGUCAAUGUUGUUUCCAAAGGCUACACACAAGAGGGGCAUUUUAUCAAGAUUGAGGAAGAAGAGGAGGCUGAAGCACUGCCAGGUAGUGAAGGUGAGAGUUUGUCCCAGCCAGAGGUCAAAUAUGCCCUGACGCAUCAGGAAGCAGAGUUGGAUCAGAAAUGGUUGGAGAGAGAAAGCGUGCAGGAUGUGGAGCCAAAAGAAGGAACAUUGGAGCAAAAUAAUUCAUCCGCUGUUGCUGAAGAAGAUACCCAAAAACAAAGCAACUACUUUUUAGACUCUCCAACAUGUCCAAAGACAUUUAGCCAAGCAGCUGUACUCAAUACUCACAUAAAAUAUCACAGCAAGAGUAAAGAUUACAGCUGCAACUUUUGUGGGAAAAGCUUCAAGCGAUCUGAUCUCCUCGUAUACCACAAGUACACCCACACGGGAGAAAGACCAUAUAGCUGCAACCUCUGCAGUAAGACGUACGCCCAUCCCAGCAAGCUCAAGGUGCACAUGCGCACCCAUACCGGGGAGAAACCAUACCGCUGCCAGCAAUGCGGUAAAACAUUCAGAGACUCUGGAAACCUUCAGCAACAUGUGAGGACCCACACAGGGGAACGGCCUCAUUGCUGCACUCAGUGCAGCAAGAGGUUCAGUAGCCUUGGCCAUCUCAAGGAGCAUCACAGGAUCCACACUGGGGAGAGGCCUCAUUGCUGCACACAGUGUGGCAAGAGGUUCAUCAGCCUUGGCCAUCUCAAAGCGCAUUCCAGAAUCCACACUGGGGAGAGACCGUAUGCCUGUAAACAGUGCAGGAAGACCUUCAGCCAGGCUUCAACACUUACAGUCCACAUGCGGAGGCACACUGGAGAAAGGCCGUACAGCUGUGACAAAUGCAGCAAGAAAUUCACUGUGUCCUGCAGUCUGAAGUUGCACCUGAAAACUCACUCUCAGGAGAAGGAGUAAUCCUGCACUUACUGCAAAAAUGCAUCACCACGUCCCAGCCCCACGAGGAGGCACAAGAUGGUGCACACCAAGGAUAAGGUCUUCCUCUCCGGGGACAGAAGGUACCCCUGUCUGUCCUAUUUCCUGAGCUCUUACCUUGAGCCUGGACAGCAGCCCUGUUACAACGUGGCUCACAGCAGGAAAUGAGCCAAGGCUGAGAUGGCCAUAGAGAUGCUGAAGACUCGGUUUAAGUGCCUUCACAAACCCAGGGUUAGCCUAGAGAGGGCAUGUGUUAUGAUACUUGCUCGUAUGAUUCUUCACAGCAUAGCCAUGAUUAGAUGUGAAAACUGUCCGCUAUUUAAACAAGUUGUUCCAGCUGAUGAUGUGGACCAUGCUGUGGACAUGAGUUAUGGCCGAGCAGUUUGAGAUGCAAUAUGGUGUAUUAAUUUCUAUUUACCAAUCACUUCCCAACUAAAGAAAAGUUAUUUCAUUUGAAUAAAGGUUCUUUAUUAACCACAAGUGA